AUGGCACAGCAGACUCCCAACAACCCGUCUUCGGGCUUCACCACCGGUGCUGAUACCGGAAACCAGUCGGUUGGUUCCAACAACACCGACUCCAACCUCUUCAUUCCUGACGAUCUGGAGGAGAUCGAGCCCCAUGUCGUUGAGCGCAUUGGUGGCGCCGACACCGAGGCAGAUGCUGGUAUGGUCUUUCUCAAUGGCCUGAUGACAGUUCUGACCUGCUUCUUCGGUCUCUGGCUCAUGUUUCUGGUGCUACGCAUUUUUGACAAAGUGCUUUUCACCAGCACCACCCGAUUCUAA